UGGUGGCCUCUCUUUCUGGCACCGGUAUUUUGUCUUGUAAUGGCAUGGAACAAGACUCCUGCAGACAUGUUCUUUUCCUUUAAUGUGAGUGCCCAAUUCUCCACCUCUGGUUACACAUCCUUGCCAGUCUCACUCAGGAUAUUAAUGGCCACAGUAAUGCUCCUCAUGAUUGCCAUUGGAUUCUUAGGCAACACCAUUGUCUGCUUGAUUGUUUACCAGAAGCCAGCCAUGCAUUCAGCAAUUAAUCUGCUUUUAGCUACACUGGCUUUCUCUGACAUCAUGUUGUCUUUGGUCUGCAUGCCAUUUACUGCAGUCACCACUAUUGCAGUAAACUGGAAUUUUGGCGCUCACUUCUGCCACGUAUCUGCCAUGCUUUACUGGUUCUUUGUCUUGGAAGGAGUCUCAAUACUCUCAAUCAUUAGUGUGGACCAAUUCCUCCUCAUUGUCCAGCACUAAGACAAGCUGAACCCUCACCAUGCCAAAGUCAUGAUAGCUGUUUUAUGGGUCUUCUCAUUCUGCAUCUCCUUCCCUUACAUUGUUGGGUGGACAUUUGUGGAAGUGCCAAGCCAGGCUCCCCAGUGUGUCCUUGGAUACACAGAGUUCCCUGCAGACCGAGCUUAUGCAGUGAUGCUGCUUGUGGCUGCUUUCUUUGUCCCUUUUGGCGUUAUGUUGUAUUCUUACCUUUGCAUCCUGAACACUGUCCGUUGGAAAACAAUCCAGAUCCACAGCCAUGCAGAGAACCUUCUCAGCCAGGUGAGCAGGUUAAGUCCGGUAGGACUGGAAAAGCCUCACCAAAUUAACAUGGACACGAGCUUCAAAACUAGGGCUUUCACUACAAUCUUUAUUCUCUUUGUUGGCUUCUCCCUAUGCUGGCUUCUGCAAGUCUUCAGCCUGAUGUCUGUCUUCAGCCGAUGGUUCUAUUACAGCCCCUUUUUCUAUAUCAUCAGCACUUACAUGCUGAGUUACCUCAAGUCAGUUUUCAACCCCAUCGUCUACUGCUGGAGAAUCAAGAAAUUCUGUGAGGCCUGUCUGGAGUUCAUGCCAAAAACAUUUAAUAUCUUUCCUAAAGUGCCUGGAUGGACAAAACAGAGAACAAGGCCAAGCAUAAUAUAUAUCUGCAGUGAUCCCCCAUCUGGAGUUUAGAAAUAAACCAUGAUUGUGAAUUUAUUAGGAAGAAGAAAGAACAGCUGAUGAUAAGACAGGAUUUGUUUUAGCCAAAAUUUGGAAUGAAUCCAAGUUAGUCUUGUAGAUAACUCUGGCCCAUGGCCUGUUCAAGCAAUUCUUGGAUUAUUUUUUCACCAUUUUGUUAUUGCCCUGCAUCUCUAUGGACUGGCAAGAGGCUUGGGUGAAACACAUAAACUCAGAAUGUAUAUGUAACAAGCCAUGGUUAAAACAAAUCAUGAUUUGUAAGACAGGAUCAAACUGUGAUUUCAUAUUAUGGUUCAUAUUGUGGUCUCAUAAUGAACUCUAGGUAGUUCAUUCUGGUAAAAGAAAUCCUGGGUCAGUGGCUAUCAGUUCUGAAAUUAGAAAUAUUUCUUCUAACGCUGCCUUUGUUAAUACCAUCCUGCAAUACUGUUUUAUGUUUUAGUUAUGCAUCAUAUUUGAGAUUUGUCCAAGUUUCAAGUUGAAUUAUAGCACAUUAUCUUAAUCUUUCCUCAGAAUAAAAGUGUGGUUUUAACAAAUCUACUGCCAAUAACAACAGUGCCUUUGUAAUUUUAUUUUCUUCCAGGUAAAAGAAUAAACAUCAACAUGCCUGCCUUUUUAUUGCAGUGGCUGCUAUCCCUUCUAUCAAACUGGGUUGUUUUGCAAAAACAAAUAUCAAAUGGCAACUUGAAUGUCUUACAGAGAGAGAGGUUUAUGCACAAGUCCAUUCUGAAAUUUUACAAUUAUAGGGUUGGUUUUGAUGUCUAGGUUAUUAACCUUUAAAUAAUGGAUGAUAAUCAAGGUUCAAGUUACAGAGCAUGGAUGAUUUAACUUUCUUUCCUGCCAUAGUCCUUAGUAAAACUGCUUCUCCCUGCACCCAAAACCCAUAGAAGAUUCCCUCAAAUAAGGACUGUGGUCAUCAAGAUCAUAACAAAAGGAAAGCAAGUUAAUCCUUUACCUACACCUAUUCCAUGACAGUUUUGAUUGUAAUUGUUAACUGCUGUGGUUUCAAAGGAAAAUAUGCACAAAGCAAAUUAAAUGCAUUAAAGCAUUUAAUAUCACUACCGUAUUGAUCCUCAGACUGGAUAUUCUCUAUGAAGCAAACAUCCAAAUUAAAAUGCUUACCCUGCCAAGUACCAAGUCAUAUUCAGUCUAAUAGCACUUAGUCAUAGGUUGACACAUUAAACAAAUUGGAGUGUUGAUCCGGUUACUUGGAAAUUGUCUCAACUAUGCAAGUCUUUGGGGUAUUCAUUUCCAAGCCCAGCGGGAAUGGACAUUCUCAGAGCCCUUAUCAGGAAUAAUGCCUUCCUAGAGCCGGGUGGGUCCACAGUAGGAAAGAAGAGAGGUGACCAAAGCUUAUGUCCUGCUUAACCAACAAGGAUGUUUUCCUCAAGUGCUUCAUGGGCACUGCAGUCCUGUCUACGUGUACCUCUCCACUGCAAAGACUGGGGCUUCUCCACAUUAAAAAUGACAAUUUUUGGUGGGGAAAUGGGAAUGCUUUCUUUAGUCCCAUCCUUUCUCCCAAUUCCCCAGAAUGACAGAGAAGGCCUCUGAGGAGUUGCAACAAUUCAGUCAGUAAAGUUGUGCUGCUGACAUUCUUGUCAUUAUAGGAAG